AUGCCGUCGUCAUCCCCGCGGCCGGCGAUGGAGCAUCGCCGCCGCCAGCCUCCAGCGCCCUCCGCGCCCGCCUACCUUGCCGCAACUCUCGCCUUCCUCACCCUCGCCGCGGUCGCCUAUUCCCGCGCCGCCUUCCCCCGCUUCCCGCACCCACCGGCCACCCGCGGGUGCCGUCCCGACGCCGAGGGUUCCUGGUCCGCCGGCGUCUUCCUCGGGGACUCCCCCUUCUCCCUCAAGCCCAUCGAGCACUGGAGGAUCUCUAGUGGCCCUGGAGCAGCAUGGCCAGUGGCGAAUCCGGUGGUGACGUGCGCCGACGUGGCGGAGGCUGGAUUCCCUAGCAGCUUCGUCGCCAACCCAUUUCUCUUCAUCCAGGGGGACGCCAUUUAUAUGUUUUUCGAGACCAAGAACCCCAUUGCAUCACAAGGCGACAUUGCUGCUGCCGUGAGCAAGGACGCCGGCACAACAUGGCAGCAACUGGGUGUAGUGUUGGACGAGGAGUGGCACCUUUCUUAUCCAUAUGUGUUUAGUUAUGGAAACGAGACUUACAUGAUGCCUGAAAGCAGCAAGAAAGGAAACCUUAAGUUAUAUCGUGCCGUGGACUUUCCCCUUAAGUGGGAAUUAGAAAAGGUCCUUCUGGAGAGGCCCCUUGUAGAUUCGGUCAUCAUACAUUUCAAGGGUUCCUAUUGGCUCCUUGGAUCAGAUUUAAGUUCUUAUGGCGCAAAACAGACAGGUGAACUGUUUAUUUGGUUCAGCAGCUCUCCUCUUGGUCCUUGGAAUCCACACAAGCAGAACCCAAUUCAUAAUACAGGCAACAGGCCGAGUGCCAGAAAUGGAGGCAGGCCAUUCAUUUACAAUGACAGUCUUUAUCGCAUAGGCAAAAUUCGUGGUGGUGGAUCUGGCUAUACCAUCCAAGUAUUCAAAGUUCAAGUCCUGACAGCAGAUCAAUACAGGGAAGUUGCAGUCCCAUUUGUCCUUGACAAACCCCUCAAGGACCGAAAUGCAUGGAAUGGUGCAAGGUCCCAUCACCUUGAUGUCCAGCAGCUUCCAUUAGGUCAACAUUGGAUUGGGGUAAUGGAUGGUGACAGAGUGCUCUCAGGUGACUCAAUUCAUCGUCUGACCGUAGGCUGUAUAUUUUAUGGUGCUGCUUGCAUUUUGGUUCUUGUAUUUGGUGGGCUUAUUGGUGCAAUCAAGUGCACCUUACCACUUAGAUGGUAUUUACUACAUACUGAGAAACGGAGUGACACCUUUGAUAUAGAGAAGCAGGUAUUGUUGUGCCAUAAGUUUAUUUGGCUUAUUUGCAAUGUGAACAGGUUGGGAUCUCUUAUUGGUGGGAAAAUUAAUUACAGAGCUUGGAAAGACCGAGUUUAUAUAGCUGUUAUAACAUUGAUAUUAGUAGUCCUAACUCUUUUGGGGACUAACUACAUCUUUGGUGGCAAUGGUGCAGAAGAGCCAUAUUCUAUUGGGGGUAGGUACUCACAGUUCACAUUGUUGACCAUGACCUAUGACGCCCGAUUUUGGAAUCUGAAGAUGUUUGUGGAGCAUUACUCUAAAUGUGCAUCGGUAAGGGAGAUUGUAGUGGUCUGGAACAAGGGUCGAGCUCCACUGCAAGGUGAAUUGAAGUCUAUGGUGCCUGUUAGGAUCAGAGUUGAAAAUAAGAAUACUCUGAACAACAGAUUCAAAAUAGACAAAGAAAUUAAAACAGGAGCUGUUAUGGAGCUUGAUGAUGAUAUCAUGAUGACAUGUGAUGACUUAGAGCGUGGGUUCAAGGUAUGGAGGGACCACCCUGAUAGGAUUGUUGGAUACUAUCCACGCCUUGCUGAGGGCUGGCCUCUGGAAUACCGCAAUGAGAGGUAUGCUCAGCAACAAGGAGGUUAUAACAUCAUACUAACAGGAGCAGCAUUUAUGGAUCAUGAGCUAGCCUUUAAGAGGUACUGGAGCAAAGAGGCUGAGAUAGGAAGGCAGAUUGUUGAUAGUUUGUUUAAUUGUGAGGAUGUUCUCCUAAAUUUCUUAUUUGCGAAUGCAAGCUCGGCAAGCACAGUGGAGUAUGUAAAACCAGCUUGGGCAAUUGAUAUGUCUAAGUUCUCAGGAGUAGCCAUUAGUCGAAACACACAAGCACAUUACCAUGUUCGGAGCAAAUGCCUUGCUAUGUUUUCAGGAAUCUUUGGUAAUUUGACUUCCAAGACGUCUUUUAACAGCAGGGGUGAUGGCUGGGAUGUAUAG